CGCGCACAGCCAAUCAAAUCGCACCUUCUUCACGUAGCUGCUCUGCCACUUGUAAACACGUGUCUGUUCCUUCUUGUAUCUACGGUCCAACUUGAACGGAAAUAUCUACAACCUACAAAAUGGCCAAAAGCUUGCGGAGUAAAUGGAAGAGGAAGAUGCGAGCUGAAAAGAGGAAGAAGAACGCCCCCAAGGAGUUGGCACGCCUGAAACAAGCCCUCGGUCUUGGCAAGAAAGGCGAGGAUGCCGUGAUGAGCGACGUGCAGGAGAUCGCCACUGUGGUCCCGGUUGAGAAGAUCAAGAAAGAGGCUGACGUCGUCAUGGAGGGAGACGGAAAUGACGAUGGCGCCAUGGACUUGGACAGCAAGCGCAACAAGAAGACACUGCUGAAUGAGCACGGACAGUAUCCGGUGUGGAUGAACCAGAGGCAGGCCAAGAAGCUGAGGACCAAGCGCGUGGCUCAGAAAAGCGGCCGCAAAGGAAAAACAAACAAGAAGAAGGGCAUUGCCUGGUGAAAAGCAUUGCAACAAAAAAAGACUCUGGAGGCAAUCGAUCUUUCCACGAUGACUGCCACAA